UCCCUUGCUUAUCUCGUCCAUUGGCUUACAAGCAUAACAAGAGAGUAAGAGAGUCGGAGCAGGAUCGUCGGUCUUCUGAAGUUAUCCGGACCUGGACACAAGCUAAAGCGGCACAAUGCUGGCGAUGGAGGUUUGCUUAGAUUCGGUGGACUCGGCCAAGAAGUGGGAUCUGUUGGAUGCUGGAUGCCCAUGAUUUGGAACGCGAAGCUUACCGCCCUUUCUUUUUCAGGAUCGCUCACAUCGUGAAUCAGGGCCAGAAUCGCAUAGAGCUAUGUGGUAGUCUAGUAUAUGGGGGUGGUCUGACACCAACAAUCGGGCUCGUCAGACAAAUUAAGAAUAUCAUAGAGUCUUCUCGCAUCAUGGUCAUGGUCCGUCCACGUACUGGCUCAUUCAUAUAUACCCCUGAGGAGAUCAAUACCAUGAUAGAAGACAUCAAAGCUUUCAAAGCCGAAGGUGUACGGGGCGUCGUGUUCGGCUGCUUGACGGAAGACGGAGCGAUUGACGAGAAGGUCACUAAGCAGCUGGUGGCUGCUGCGAGGCCCUUGGAUGUGACAUUUCACCGUGCUUUUGACAUCUCUACAGGUCUCGAUACACUGCAGCGUAUAGGUGGCAUCACACGGCUUUUGACCAGUGGGCACGGAAAGACGGUCAUGGAUGGCGCAGUGGAGCUAUCCGGUCUCAUCUCGCACUCAUCUUCCGUCAAUGGUCCCAUCAUAUGCCCGGCAUCCGGUAUCAACAACGAGACUGUAUUAAGGCUCCACAAGGCCGUCCCGGGACUCAAAGAAGUGCACCUCACAGGUAGCGGUAUCAUACCGUAUCCUAAAGACAGUAGAUCGAUUAUGGCCCAGGAUUUAGGCUUUGGCGCAGGAGAGUGGCACUUGGAUCCGGUGAAGAUUGAGAGAGUUUGGGACAUUGUCAAGGACUGGUAGGAGCAAGCGGAGGCUCAUGCGUGGCAUUUCAGCGCAAGAGGUCUUGUUGUUCACCGGAGGGAUGUCGUAUAUGUAGCUAGUCUCCCCUGCAUGUCCGAGAUCAUGAUGAAGUCUAUUCUGUCGCGGAAAA